GGUUUCCCUUGCCCCGCGUUGGUAAAAAGGGGCGCGCACGUGUGCACGGGAGAAGCUCCAUGUGCCGCAUCCCGUCUGGCGCCCCUUUGGACCGAGAGGACAUAGCGGGGAUGCUGCCGAUCUCCCCGGGAGCAUGUCUGCGCCUCCAGCCAGCCCAAGGAAGGCGACGCUCUUCCGCCAGGAAGCACCAGGAGGCCUCACCUACCGCAUCCCGGCCCUGCUCUACCUGCCCCCCGAGUCCACCUUCCUGGCCUUUGCAGAGAAGCGGUCCUCCUUCAGGGAUGAACACGCCGAGUCCUUGGUGAUGAGACGCGGACUGCGAGACGGCCUGUCUGUCCAGUGGGGCCCCCAGGAGGCUCUGGAGACAGCCGUGCUGCCCGGGCACCGCACCAUGAACCCGUGCCCGCUGUACGACCGGAAGAGCGGCAAGGUUUUCCUCUUCUUCAUCUGCGUGCACACCUCCAUCUCGGAGUGGCACCAGAUCCGCACCGGGAGGAACGCCGCCCGGCUGUGCUACGUCGCCAGCCCGGAUGGCGGCCGCACCUGGAGCCCCGCCACGGACCUGACCGAGCAGGUGAUCGGGGGCGACCUGAAGAACUGGGCCACCUUCGCGGUGGGGCCGGGCCACGGGGUGCAGCUCCGCUCCGGGCGCCUGGUGGUGCCGGCCUACGCCUACUACAUCCAUGAGCCUUCGCCUGCUCCGGCAGCCGUCUCCGGGACGCAUCCUCAUUGCUUCGUUUUGUACAGUGAUGAUGGGGGCUGGUCCUGGUCCCGGAGCCAGCUGCUCAUGGGCUCCCAGACGACCGAGUGCCAGGUGGCCGAGGUGACCCACCCGGACAGCCGCCGGGCCCUGUAUGUCAACGCCCGCAACCAGAGCCAGGACCGGUGCCGGGUCGAGGCCGUCAGCUCGGACGAGGGCUCCUUCUUCGAGGGGCCCCUCGUUUGCCAGCAGUUGUGUGAGCCACCCCACGGGUGCCAGGGCAGCGUGGUGAGCUUCACCCCCCAGCCAGGUCUGGGCCAGAAGGACGAGGCAGCCAGGUCGGCUCACCCGUCGUUGGCCUCCCACAAGAGCGGCUCGUCCUGGCUCAUGUUCUCCCAUCCCACGCACUGUCACAAGCGGCUGGACCUGGGCAUCUACCUGAACCCCUCCCCGCUGGAGGAGGGCGGCUGGAAGGCCCCCUGGGUGCUGCACAGCGGGCCCAGCGGCUACUCGGACCUGGCCGUGUGUGAGGGCGGGGAGUCCCUGGCCUUCGGGUGCCUGUUUGAGUGUGGGGUGACCUCCCCCUAUGAAGAGAUCGCCUUUCGGCUCUUCACCGACGGCGAACUCCUGGAGAACGUGAUGGAGGCCUGCGCUUGCCCGGCUUCUCCCUCACAGGCGUAGCUGCCCAAACUCUGCUCAAGAAUGUUUAG